UUCGGGAUAUUCCGUUCCACUUUUCCCCAACUCUACAUCUCUCCUCUGUCUCUCCCUCUCUGGAUCUCUCUCGAUAGGGUUUCGGAUCCCAAUCCAUGGCGAACUAGGGUUUCCUCCGCUCGCGGCGGCGAUGGCGUCCGGGGACGACGAGGGCAUCGGCUACUGGAUGCGGUGGCAGGUGCCCGUAUGCGCCCUCAUCACCGCCGCCCCGGCGAUCGCCGCGGCGGUGGUGCUCGCUAGGGUUAAGAGGGAGCCCCUCCGAUCAGCCGACCUCUGGGCCCCGUGCUGGGGUCGGCUCCACCCCAUCGCCCUCCUCUGCUACCGCGUCCUCGUCUUCUUCGCCAUGGCCUCCUUCCUCGCCGUGACGGUCGUCAACGAUGGGUUCGGAGCGUUCUACUUCUACACCCAGUGGACCUUCACACUAGUUAUUGUUUAUUUUGCGGGUAAUCUUAGAUAUGUUUUUCUGCAGAUAGCCUCCGUCAUAUCUGCCCACGGAUGUUGGGUUUACUCAAAACAGCAUACCACUGAAAAUGAUGAGGCUAAUGGAUUCCUAAAUGACGAUCCUGAAGAGAACCCUGGAGAUCGGAUCUCCAGACCAAACAAAAAUGAUGAUCAAGAUCAAAUCAGAUUUUCAAGUCACCAUGGGCGAUUACUGUAUGAGGAAAGAGCUGGAUUUUGGGGAUAUUUGAUGCAAAUAAUUUACCAGACAAGUGCGGGUGCUGUGGUGCUGACAGAUGUUGUCUUUUGGGGUCUUCUUGUGCCAUUCCUAUCUUCUGAGUAUUUCCGUGUUAAUUUGAUAAUGGCCUGCAUGCACUCUGUCAAUGCUGUGUUCCUGCUAACCGACACCGCUCUCAAUAAUUUGCCCUUUCCCUGGUUUGGAAUGGCUUACUUUAUUUUCUGGAGCUGCAUCUAUGUAGUUUUUCAGUGGGUCCUUCAUGCUUGUGGUUCUACCUGGUGGCCUUACCCAUUUCUCGAGCUUGCAACACCUUGGGCGCCCUUGUGGUAUUUUUUUUUGGCAUUGGUUCACAUCCUAUGUUUCAGCUUCUAUUGGCUUAUAGCGAAGGCCAAGGUUACAUAUUGCCCCAAGCUUUUCCCACAUGCAUAUGUAGGAUUGUAUUAGAUACUAACAUACGCCUUCUAUUAUGGUUUUGGGACGCAUUUGAUGAUGAUCCCCAUUACUCAAGGUUUUACUUUAUUGAACCAACGGUGAGGCAUAGUGAAAAGAAUGUAACAGCAGGGCCAUUGCUAUUGUCCUGUAAACAAACACAAACGGGGAACGUGAUAGAUAUUAUCAUAUUAAUAAGGAGCCCUACCGUGCCUGGAA